UGGGUGUGAAGACACUAUAAAAUACUGAAGAGGCAGCACAGAGUACACUGCCCUGUAGCUCUUCUGUACAUGAUGGGGCACUGGGCCUUCUGUGUGGGGUUGUUCAUAUUGCAGAUCUUGGGGGCAUCAGAAGCAAAGCUGCACUUUGCCGCCAUCUUCCCAUCAGAGCUCAAGGCCCAGCAUCCUGAAAAUGUCUGUUUGCAAUUGGAGGAAGCUGAAGGAGAGGUCAACAUCAAAGUAUCUCUAAACCUGGAUAAUAAGGACACCACACUCAUAGAUAAGGACUUCCAGGAAGGCAGCAUAUUCACCUGCCUCAGCAUCCAGGUUCCUAUUCCCGAGGAAAAUGAGGUGGUGGGCACUCUAACUCUCUCAAUUACAAAUUCAGGGGAUACCCUGACCAACACAAGUAAAGUUCUUGUUAAAAAGGAACAAUCAAAGAUUUUAGUCCAAACAGACAAACCUGUGUACAAACCAGGACAAACUGUGCAAUUCAGAAUUCUGUCCCUUAAUGAAGAUUUGAAACCAGAAAAUAUUUUGAUCCCUGUGGUUGAACUACAGGAUCCAAGCAAAAACCGAAUUGGUCAAUGGUUAAAUGUAAAUCUCAAUCAGGGUAUUGCUGAGCUCUCCCUUGCUCUUUCUCCUGAGCCCAAACUGGGGGAAUAUACAAUUAAACUGAAGGACACAUCCCAUACCUUCACUGUGGAGGAAUAUGUACUUCCAAAAUUUGAAGUCAAUAUCCAAUUCCCUAAGUAUGUUAUGUUUAACAGUCACCAGUUUCCAGUUACAGUGUGUGCCAAAUACACAUACGGAAAGCCAGUCCAAGGGGAUUUUACAGCUUCUAUUUGUCAUGAAUCUUUUGUCAAUUACUGGAGGUGGAACACAUAUGAACCCCCCAUAUGUGCUAAUUUUACCGGAAAGCUGGACCGAUCUGGGUGCCACACCAUAGAGAUCAAGGCCGAGCUGUUAAAUCUAAAUAAAACAGGCAGGAGAAAUGAAUUGAAAGCUAAAGCUUCCGUAACAGAGGAAGGGACAGGGGUGAAGCUAUCAUCAACCAGUAAAACCAGGAUAUCAAAUGUCAUCAAUAAAUUGUCUUUUAUUAAUACUGACAAGAACUACAAGCCUGGCAUCCCAUACAGUGGAGUGAUUACAGUGGAAGAUGCUGGAGGUGUGCCUAAACCAAAUAUUAAAGUUAAUCUGAAGUAUGGACAAGACACAGAGGGCCUAACCUUAGUGACCGAUGAGAAUGGCAAAGCAUCUUUUACUCUGAACACAACCAACUGGACAGAAUCUGUAUUUUUGAGGGCGCAUACAGAAAGGGAAACAGAAGUUAGUCAGAGAUAUGUGGCGGAUUAUGGUGAAGCCUCUCACACUGUGGUCCCCUUCUACUCUCGGAGCAAAAGCUUCUUAAAACUCAAUUCUCCAGAUAAGGUUCUCCCAUGUGAGGGACAUCAUGAGGUCCAUGUGGAAUAUAUAAUUAGUCACACCGAGGUGAAAGAGGCCAAAAAGUUAUCCCUGCAUUACCUGUUGGUUUCCAAAGUUUCCAUUAAGGACUCAGGGACUGUGGAAAUUAAAAUUGAAGACACAAAUAAAGAUAUCCAUGGAAAAGUCCCCUUGAACCUCCCUUAUAGUGCAGGCACAUCUAAUGUUCUUCGGGUCCUUGUUUACAUCUUCCUGCCUAAUGGAGAAAUAAUAGCAGAUAUUGCAAAAUUCUCCCUACAGAAAUGUUUCAAGAAUAAAGUGUCAGCUGGGUUUUCCCCCAGUGAAGUUCUUCCCGGAUCAGACGUGUCUCUCGAGGUCCAGGCUUCUCCUGGGUCUCUCUGUGGUCUGCGGGUGGUGGAUCAGAGUGUGGUCCUGAUGAAACCAGAGAAAGAACUGACUGCGGAUAAAGUCUUUGACCUCUUCCCUUCCCUUGAUUUUGAAACCUAUGAUUACCGUGUCCAGGAACAUGAGAAUACAUGUGGAUAUGGACCUUUUGGCCCUUCUUUUCGUCGUUCCCUAAUACCGCGAUUUCCGCACUUCUCUAGUAAUCCUGUGGAUGUAUACAGCUUGCUUAAGGCUUUGCGCUUAAAAAUAGUAACAAGUGCAGCUAUUCAGAAGCCACUGAUAUGUCCUGAAUAUACAGAUUGGCGGCAGGGAAUAACAAUGGAAAGAACAGUGUUAUUUAGUAGGCCUGGCCUUCCUGGACCUCCAGGCAAUUCACCUGUAAUACCAAAACUAGUGCAAGAAAUUGAAAAAGAAGUUGAAAAAGUAAGGACAUAUUUUCCUGAGACCUGGAUUUGGGAACUUGUUGCUCUUGGAGAAUCUGGCAGAGCUGUAAUCCAUCAAAACGCUCCGGAUACCAUCACAGACUGGAAUGCUGGAGCCAUAUGUUUGGGACCCAGUGGAUUUGGACUUUCUCCUUCAUCAUCCCUACGUGUUUUCCAGCCAUUCUUUGUUGAUCUUACCCUCCCAUACUCUGUUGUUAGAGGAGAGUCAUUUACCCUCAAAGCUUCAGUCUUCAACUACCUGAAACAAUGUAUAAAGGUGAACACCAUCUUGCAGACCACUGAGGAGUUAGAAGAGAAGCAUUGUGCGGACUGUCAAUACAGCAGUUGUAUCUGUGCAGAUGAGAGCAAAACCUUCUACUGGAACCUGAAAGCUUCCAAACUGGGAGAGGUAAACAUUACUGUAAAGACAGAAGCUGUGGACACAAAAGAAUUUUGUGGAAAUGAGAUACCUGUUGUUCCUAAGCAAGGCAGAACUGACACCAUUGUGAAGACCGUGAUCGUACAGCCUGGUGGUAUCUUGGUGGAAAAAGCCCACAGCAAUCUGGUCUGCAUCAAAGAGGAAGAUCAGCCUAAAGUGGAAGAGAUAGCACUGAAGAUCCCUGAUAAUAUUCUGGAGGAUUCCGCAAGAGCUCAUAUAUUAGUGUUGGGAGAUAUUUUGGGCUCAGCUCUGCAGAAUCUUGACCGUCUCCUGGCCAUGCCAUAUGGAUGUGGGGAACAGAACAUGGUUCUCUUUGCUCCAAAUAUCUUCAUCCUGCAGUAUUUGGAGAAGACUCAUCAACUGAACAAUGAAAUCCAAAGUAAAGCAAAGAAGUUCCUGGAGGGCGGGUAUCAGCGACAACUUACAUACAAACGUGAUGAUGGAUCAUACAGCGCUUUUGGAAAAAAUGACAAAGAAGGAAAUACAUGGUUGACUGGAUUUGUAGUGAAGUCCUUCAGUAAAGCCCGACCUUAUAUCUUCAUAGAUGAAACACACCUGAACCACUCCUUCACAUGGCUAAAAAAUAACCAGCAAGACACCGGAUGUUUCCGCAGUGUGGGGAAGCUUUUCAAUAAUGCCAUGAAGGGAGGUGUAGAGGAUGAAACGUCUCUCUCUGCUUAUAUAGCUAUUGCCCUUUUGGAGGCCGGAGUAUCUGUGCAGGAUCCCUUACUGGGUGAUGCCUUAUCCUGUCUGAGGAAGGCCUCCGUGGAUGUCAGCAAUGUAUAUACCCAGGCUCUUCUGGCCUACACCUUCACAUUGUCUGGGGAGACUGAACUCAGAAAAACCUUGCUGGACAAAUUGGAGGAAAAAGCAGUGCGGGAAGAUGGACAACUGCACUGGAAAAGAGACUCCACCCCUCCUCCUGAAGCCUCAUAUUGGUACAGAGCUCCCUCAGCAGAAGUGGAGUUGACAUCCUAUAUUCUUCUGGCUCAUCUUUCUGGUCCAACUCAAGAUUUAGGUAGAUCCAUAGAGAUGGUGAACUGGUUGAGCAAGCAGCAAAAUCCAUAUGGAGGAUUCUCUUCUACACAGGACACAGUGGUGGCUCUUCAGGCUCUGGCCAAGUAUGCAGAGUUGACAUUUUCUGACAAGGGAGAUGUGACUGUGGCAGUCACCUCCAAGUCAGGAUUCCUUGAGCAGUUCCAUGUGGACAAGAAUAACCGGCUUCUUCUCCAAAGGGCAUCUCUAUCUAAAGUCCCAGAAGACUACACAGCGACAGUAACAGGGGCUGGUUGUGUCUUUGUUCAGGCAGUGUUAAGGUACAAUGUCCCUCCUCCAAAAGGUGAGGCCACCUUCUCAUUAAGUGUAAAAUCAUCUUCAAGCCAAGAAUGUCUGGAGGAUUCUGUGACAAAUUUUGAAAUUCUUAUCACAGCUACAUAUACUGGUACCAGGGAAAAAUCUAACAUGGUUGUUAUUGAAGUAAAGAUGUUGUCUGGCUACAUUCCAGUGAAGAACACAAUAAGGAAGCUUGAGAAGAACAAACUGAUACAGAGAAGUGACAUCCAAAUUGACUCAGUUACUUUUUACCUGGAGCAGAUGGAUCACAAUCCAGUAAACCUCUCCUUCAUGGUGGAACAGGACAUUGUGGUGAAGGAUCUAAAACCGGCUACAGCAAAAGUAUACGAUUACUAUGAGACAGAUGAACAGGCCAGUGCAGAAUACAACCACCCAUGCAGUCAUGAUACAUCUGGAAAUUCAAGAUAGGACCUGGAUGUUGGGUAUACUGCAUCAGUAUCUACCGUAAAACACUGAAAAGUUACAGUCUGUUAAAAGCUGAAAAACACACGGAAAAAAAGCUGCAAUAUCAAUAAAACAAGAAAAUAAAAUGACAAAUGUGUCGGACAUCUUACUUGUACUCAGUGAAAAGUCUUCAAAGGGCAAUAAAAGAAUAAAAGGUAUAAAAGAAUCAAAAUAUAGUAGCUGCAGGCACCCUAGAAAACACUGGUCUUUUAAAUGGAAUGCAGCUCAUUUAUGUUUCAAUGAGUGGGGUGACUGAUGUGUGGGUGGGAGGGAAGUGACCUCACACUUACAAACAAAGAACUAUGGGAUGUGUAGUUUAUGAAAAUGAACUUCAAUAGGAAAUACAGAGUUCACAAAAGAUAGCCACAGAGUUAUGGUAAUCUCACAACAUAGCCAUUAAGCCCUGAGACAAGCACAGAUCCUUCCUAAGCCUCAGUUUCCUUAAUAGACCAGUGACAUGAAGCCCUAGUCCAUGCCACUACCACCACCGUACUUGGCUGUAGGCAAAACACACUUGUCUUUGUACUCCUCACCUGGUUGCCACCACACAGGCUUGAUGUAAAUUUACAGAAAAGUUAUCUAAAUUUACAAUUUUAAAAGCCCUUACAUCAAGUGUGAGGAGAAGGGGCAGUGGCAUGAUAUCAGGGUGUCCAGCAUAUCAUAUGAUUUGCUGGUUUAAGUUUAAAUCAGCUCAAAGUCCAAUAGGAGACAGCAAGGAAGGAAGAAAGUUUUAAACAGUUAAAGACUCACAAGCCGGUCCCAACGUUGCAAUGAGAGCAGGAGAUGGAGAGAGAUAGAUAGAUAGGAAUACUAAAAUAGAAAAAGAGAUAGUGAUAGAUUGGGUUUAAUAAAACACGCACUAUAUCUUCCUAAUUGUUCAAAAGCAGUGAAGUAAAAGGUACGUGAAAGUAACAGGCAUCUGCUCUGUAAACGGAGUAUACAAAUAGAAGGCUGAAGAAACACUCUUAGUCAAAAAAUGAAGGCUCUUAGGGCACUUUUUAAUCAAAAGGGUUCCCCCCCUUCACCAUGCGGAGGUGGCCUCACUUCAGAUGUGAUCCUAAUACGCUAAUUCUACUUACCUCUGUUGGGUGACAUGCAGGAUCCACUAUCAAUUCAUCCCCUUAAAGGAGUACUCCGAUGCACACUUAAAAAAAACACCUUUAUCUUAAAAUGUAGCCCAGGCACGUACCAAUCCAUAGAGGUAACUAUGUUACAGAUUGGUUGAGCCAUUCACCCGCAAUGCCCAUCCAAAGUUUCUGGUACUUUCUGGUGCAGGCAAUGAGGGGCAUGGUGUAAGACUACAGCUCCCAUAAUGCCUGCUGUUCCUUUCCUCCUCCUGCUCUCCCCAUGCUCAGACCAUUCACAAAAUUAUAAUAAAGUAUGCCCUCCAGCUCCCUCCCAUCUCCAUAUACCCAACUAUUAUAAAAACGUCCCUCCUCACAUGACUCUCAAGCUCCAGUGGGCUCCCCUAGACUACCAUCUAGCGGUGUAAUAUACUGUAGUGCUGGAGCAGCUGUGUGCCAAAGUAAAAGAAAGUCAAGAAUCAUGGUAAAAUAAAGUGUUUAGAAAACCCCACCUAACAAAUAAAUUACCGACACAACCGUAUUGUAUUUUUUUAAGCUCUAUUCCCCCCUUAAUUGUUCGUUGUUUGUUUUGUUGUAACUACCACUGGAUGGCAUCCUGGCACAUGUCUACUUAGGCUCCCUAUGCUCAACAUUUUUAAAAACAUCCCACACUUUAUACAUUUUUGCUAAAACAGUUUACAGUUCUAGUGUUGCUGUUGCCCAUAGUAAACUUUCAGAAUGGUGAAGAUAUAUUUGAUAGUUUGAUCUGGACAACAGCACCACUUUUGUUAUUUAUUUCUUUUAAAAAGCACUUUACAAUUUUCUAGAAGAGUAUUAUGCUAAUCAUAUUGCUACUUUUGUUUUUUUAUAAUAAAUUUUUUGGGGGGGUAAGACACACAGAACUCCACAAAAAUAAAUGAUUUAAACAUCACAGAGU